AUGGGUGCUAGCAGUAGCAGCAGCUGCUUCCCAAACUCUCAGAGCCAGAGAGAUUACUUGCUCCCGGGAAUCAUUGAGCUCCACCGCCACGAGAGCAUCCAAGAGAAGAAUGUGAAAGAAGCCAAAACCAAGUGCAGAACCAUUGCAUCCCUACUGACAGAUGCGCCCAACCCCCACUCCAAGGGGGUGCUGAUGUUCAAGAAGCGCAGGCAGAGGGCUAAGAAGUAUACAUUGGUAAGUUUUGGGAGUGUCGACGAAGACCGCUCCUACGAGGAAGAAGACGGAGUUUUUCCAACUAGUGAGUCUGAAUUUGAUGAGGAAGGUUUCUCUGAUGCCCGAAGCCUAACUAAUCACUCAGACUGGGACAACACUUACCUGGACAUUGAAAAAUCCAAGUCUGACUCUGAGAGGAAGGAAGAGAAGCAAAAGGGUUUGAGUGAGGCCUCAGGUAAAGGAGCACGAUUAUUUGAGCAGCAGAGGGAACGGGCUGGGAAGUACACAGUUGAGAAAGUCACAGCACAGAAAAGCCCCCAUCUUGCCCUAGCUGCCCAGCUGCAGCAGGACACAGUGAACGGAGGUAUGCCUGUGCCACAGAAGGCAGACAGCAUCCAUCUGGAAGGUGUGCAAGUGCCCAGCAAGCAGCCAGCCACCCUCCCAGCUCAGCUCCUGGCUCCCCCUGGCCCCACUUCCUUCCUGCCUCCCCCAAGCACCCCCGACCCCUUCUCUGCAAGCUCAACGAGCAUGUUCAACAGGUCUGCACGGCCUUUUACUCCCGGCUUUUCUGGUCAACGUCCAGCAACAUCCUCUGUCAUUUUCAGGCCAUCUGCACCCAAAAAACCUAGUGAAAGUCUGGGUGGGCAAAGUACGGUGGUUCCCCCUUUCUCACCUCUGGCUGCAGGAACAUCUGCCAAUGCACCAGUGCCAACACACCGCGGUCCAGUCAGCUCCUCCACAUCUCUGUAUAUUCCUGCACCAGGAAGGCCAACACCACCACUGGAGUCACAGCCAAGAGGGGGAGGAAGUACUCCAGAAACUAAGACUUCUGCCAGGACAUCCACCACCUCUAUCUUUCUGUCAACUCCUUCAAAGCCAGGAGGGGAGGUGGCCUCCACAGCAUCCCAGCCACGAGUCCCUGGAACAGCCUCUUCUUCUUUGUAUAUUAGUCCAGGACCAUCACAGCACACAAUAAGCAGUUUCCCCAUGCCAAAGCAGCCUUCUCCUGCUGCCUCACCAGCUAUGCCACGACCUCCUUCUGAGCCGUUAACCUCCAGGGAGCAGAGGAUUGCCGUGCCGGCUCCCCGCACAGGCAUCCUGCAGGAGGCUCGCCGGCGGGGCAACAAGAAACCCAUGUUCAGUAAGAUUGAGGAGAAGAAGAAGAAUUCACCCAAUCCUGAGCUCCUGUCUCUGGUGCAGAACCUGGAUGAGAAGCCAAAAGGUGACCACCCUGGGGCAGGCUUUGAGUCUGGGCCUGAGGAGGACUUCCUCAGCCUGGGUGCUGAGGCCUGCAACUUCAUGCAGUCCUCUGGACGCAAGUUCAAGACCCCACCUCCAGUGGCUCCUAAGCCUCAGCAGCAAGAUGCUGGACUGGUAAAUGGGGCCCAGGACAUGCCUCAGCUUAAAGGCAAGGGGGCAGAGCUCUUUGCCAAACGCCAGAGCCGCAUGGACAAAUUUGUGGUGGAGACAACACCGAAGCCAGAGUCCAAGCCCAGGACCCCCUCUCCUUCCCCUUCUCUACCCUCAUCCUGGAAAUAUUCACCCAACAUCCGGGCUCCCCCUCCAAUAGCUUACAACCCAAUGCAUUCCCCUUUCUAUCCCCUGGCAGCCAGCAAAUCUCAGGCAAGCAAGGCAGAGAGCAAAGUGAAAAAGGCACCUGGCCAGAAAUCAGGGAUCAAGGUCAUUGAUUUAAUGCGCCACCAGCCCUAUCAAUUAAAGUCAGCCAUGUUCUGUUUUGGGGAUCCCCCAAGCCCCAGCAUUCAGGAGUCUCCUAGUCAGCAGGCUAGCUUGUCCUUCACAGCAGCCAAACAGGUACCUGUGAAAACAGCCAAGACCCAGGAGAUUCGUCGCUUCUCCACUCCAGCUCCCAUGCCAUCCUCAAGCAGCCUGGCACCCACUGUGCUUGUGCCCCGCUCAGCCACCAUGUUGGAUGAGCCAGUGUGGAGAACAGAAAUGGCCUCUUCUGCCCCUGCUACACCAGCACCCUUUCAGGUGGAGUUCAGCCAGUCCCCUAAGCCAUACCAGAGCUCCCCAGAGCCUGGUCAGGCAGGCCAGGGGCCCUCCCCAAACCCAGCCUUGGCCUCUCGGUUUCAGGUGGCCAGGCCCAAAUUUUCAGCAGCAAGAACGGGGAUGCAAGCCAAUGUGUGGAGACCAAGCUUUGGCCACCACUGA